AUGUCUCAGGUCUUCUUCGACGUUGAGUACGCCCCCGUGGGCACCGCUGCGCCCAAGACGGGCCGCAUCGUCUUCAACCUCUUCGAUGAUGUUGUCCCCAAGACCGCUAAGAACUUCCGCGAGCUCUGCAAGCAGGCCCCUGGCCAGGGUUUCAAGGAGUCCACCUUCCACCGCAUCAUCCCCAACUUCAUGCUCCAGGGUGGUGACUUCACCCGCCACAACGGCACUGGUGGCCGCUCCAUCUACGGUGAGAAGUUCGCCGAUGAGAACUUCAGCCGCAAGCACGAAAAGCCCGGUAUCCUCUCCAUGGCCAACGCUGGUCCCAACACAAACGGCUCCCAGUUCUUCAUCACCACCGUCGUGACCUCUUGGCUCGAUGGCAAGCACGUUGUCUUCGGUGAGGUCGCUGACCAGAACUCGAUGCAGAUCGUCAAGGAGAUCGAGGCUCUCGGCAGCAGCUCCGGUGCUGUCCGCUCCGCCACUCGUCCCAAGAUCGUCGACUGCGGUGAGCUGUAA